ACGCACACUGUGCCCACACUUUGCAGCUGUCUCCAGCCCAUUUCCCCUCUUUAUAAAGCCAUCCCACAGCUUCAAAUCAGACCUCACCACCAUUGCAAUGUCGCCAACGCACUCCUUCUUCUUCUUCCUCUCUUUAACAUUCACUUGUUUUGCUGUACUUUCUGUUUCAGCAGAACAACAACAUCAAACGCAAACACUGACCACUAAACACCCUGAAUAUAUCAACCCAAAGCUUCCUCCGAAAAUCCUCAGUUCCUCUAAAAAAUUUGAAGGCUCAUCGGAUUUAGUCAACCUCCGUUACCACAUGGGCCCUGUUCUCUCUUCUCCCAUAAACAUCUACCUCAUCUGGUAUGGCAAGUGGGAAAAGUCCCAAAAACUCCUCAUCAAAGACUUUAUUAUCUCCAUCUCCUCCACCACCCCAUCAUCCAAAACCAAAACCGGCGUUAAACCUUCCCCCAAUCCCUCCGUCUCCCAGUGGUGGCAAACCGUCUCUCUUUACACCGACCAAACAAACGCCAACGUCUCCAGAAACAUUCUCAUCGCCGGCGAGUACACAGACAGCGCUUAUUCCCACGGCAACCAGCUUACGAGAUUGUCCGUACAGCAGGUGAUAGCCUCAGCGGUAAAGUCAGCGCCUUUCCCAGUUGACCACAAGAACGGAAUCUACCUGAUACUCACGGCGCCGGAAGUUACAAUGCAAGAUUUUUGCAGAGCUGUUUGCGGGUUCCAUUACUUCACGUUUCCGUCUUUGGUGGGCUACACUUUACCGUACGCCUGGAUCGGCAACUCCGCGAAGCAAUGCCCCGAAGUUUGCGCGUACCCGUUUGCAGUGCCGGGGUACAUGGGCGGAGGUGGGCAGCAAUCUUUGAAGCCACCGAACGGUGACGUCGGUGUGGACGGGAUGAUAAGUGUGAUAGCUCACGAGCUCGCUGAGCUGUCCACGAAUCCAUUGGUGAAUGCGUGGUACGCGGGGGAGGAUCCGACGGCCCCGACGGAGAUAGGAGACUUGUGUGAAGGAUUGUACGGGACAGGUGGUGGUGGAGGGUAUAUCGGUCAAGUGAUGAAAGAUGGAGAAGGAAGAACUUUCAAUAUGAAUGGGAUAAGAGGGAGAAAGUUUUUGGUUCAGUGGAUUUGGAACCCCGUGUUGAAAGCUUGCGCCGGUCCUAAUUCUCUAGAUUAAGAAAAUUAAAAAUUGAAUCUUGAUUUUUGGAGAUUUUUUUUUUUUAUGGUUUAUUGGUAUAUAAAUAUUUAGAUGCAUAAAGAGGGUAUUUUUACAAGUGUUUACUUGCUCAAUCUAUUCAUAUUCAUAAUAGACUUGAAAUUUUCACCCUAUUCAA